AUGCGACAAUUUUUCCAAUCAUGCUCACACCCCGCAAAGGCGAAAGAUGUCACGUACGGGUUCUUGAGAUCGAAAAUCCCAGCGCAUUGCUUUGAGCGUUCCGCGCUCAAAGCAUUUGCAUACCUGUUCCGCGACAUUGUCUAUGCAUCUGCGCUCGUGUGGCUCGCCCUGAAGAUCGAUCUUCUGCCGUCACCGACGCUCCGGGCCGGAGCUUGGGUCCUUUAUACCUUUCUCCAAGGCUGCGUUGGAACCGGGAUGUGGAUCAUUGGACACGAAUGUGGACACGGCGCCUUCUCUAAAUUCCCUUUGCUCAAUGAUGUUGUUGGAUGGGCUAUUCAUUCGGCACUCAUGGUCCCCUACUUUUCGUGGAAGAUCACCCAUGCUCGUCACCAUCGGUACCAUGCCCACAUUGACAAAGAUGUGGUCUUUGUUCCUCCGACUGAAGCCGAGGUCGAGAACCAGCAGCCUACCCUCUACACCAAAUUUGUGGAGCUGGUUGAAGAGACGCCUCUCUAUCAUGCUGUCACUUUGCUCGGCCAUCAGCUGUUCGGGUGGCAACUAUACAUGUUGUUCAACGUCAGCGCCGGAAAUAAGAGCCUGCCGCCCAAAGGCACCGGCGUUCAGAUGUUUCGGAACAGUCACGUUGAUCCCUUUGGCUCCUUGUUCAAGAAUUCGCAAGCGCAUCUAGUGGCGAUUACUGACCUGGGCCUUCUGCUCGUGGGAGGUGCGCUUUACUACCUGGCUACACAGAUCGGCGCAUGGAACGUUGUGCUGCUCUACGUUGUGCCCUAUUUCUGGGUCCAUCAAUGGCUAGGUAAGAAUAUCUCGUUCAGAAUUGACAGUCUUGAAAUUCUAACCCUUUUUACAGUCGCCAUCACCUACCUGCAUCAUACUCACCCCACCGUCCCACACUACGACGAGAAGGCCUGGACCUUUGUCAAAGGCGCCCUUUGCACGGUCGAUCGACGAUUUGGCUUUAUCGGACGCCACUUCUUCCACGAAAUCAUCGACUAUCACGUUAUCCACCACCUGUUCCCCCGGAUUCCUUUCUACCAUGCGGAGGAGGCAACGGAGGCAAUUGUGCCCUUCCUUGGAGACCAGUAUCGUCUCGAUCAGGGUUCCUAUCUGAAGUCUCUGGUCGACACGUUCGGUACCUGCAAGGUUAAGCAUAAUGCUGACUCGGAGGGGGCCUUGCAUUGGAAACUGGAGCAAAGUGCAAGCAAGAAGCAAAGCUAG